AUGGAUCAUUCAAACCAUAUGGAUGAUAUGAUAUCCUCGCUGGCAAUGGACCACUCAAUGCCUGGAAUGGAUCACGGAGACAUGGAUAUGUGUUCCAUGAAUAUGAUUUUUACCUGGGACUGGAAAAAUACUUGUAUUAUAUACAAAUGGUGGCAUGUGAGGUCAUUGAAUGAUUUUAUUUUAUCUUUUAUAGCAAUUGUUCUUCUAGGAAUGGGUUAUGAAUUAGCGAAGUUUUGGUUUACCAAGUGGGAGAAACGCCAUAUCAAUAUCAUAUUGGGUGCAACUUCCAAUUCUAGUUCCCUGGUUAUGACACAAUACAAAUUGAAGCGGUCGUUAUUCUAUGGCUUUCAAGUGGGUUAUUCUUUCAUGUUAAUGUUGGUGUUUAUGACCUACAAUGGGUGGUACAUGUUAGCCGUCGUGAUCGGUGCUGCAAUCGGAAACCACAUAUGGGGGUCACUAGCGGAACCCACUGAAUCAUCUUUGGCCUGUCAUUAA